AUGUACGAAGAAGGGAAAACAGCGCAAAUUGCAGCAGAGAUGAGAAAUUACAAUCUGACACUGCUCGGCAUAAGAGUGGCACUCGUGCUAUCCAAAACAGCAAGGGAAGCAUUAAUAGGCUGGGAAGCACAUGGACCAAGGAUUAUAAGGGCAUCUUUUAAAACAAAACAUAAACGGAUUAAAACAAACAUUAUCCAGUGCUAUGCCCCAACAAAUGAUGCAGAGGAAGAAGCAAAAGAUGAGUUCUACAACAGACUUCAAAGUGUUAUUGACACCUGUAGAGAAAGAGAUGUUACCAUCAUGAUGGGAGACCUUAACGCAAAAAUUGGAAAUGAUAACACCGGAUAUGGCGAGAUUAUGGGAAAACAUGGACUGGGACAAAUGAAUGAAAAUGGUGAAAGAUUAGCAAACUUUUGUGCAUCCAACAAACAAGUUAUUGGUGGCACUUUAUUCCAGCACAAAAGAAUACACAAAGCCACCUGGGUAUCACCAGACCAAUUAACUGAAAACCAGAUAGAUCAUAUAUGCAUCAAUAAAAAGUUUAGAAGAUCUUUGCAGGAUACCAGGGUCAAACGAGCAGCAGAUGUAGCCUCAGAUCACCAUCUAUUGACAGGCAGCAUCAAACUGAAGCUCAGAAAAAUGAAAACAGAAGGAAACUCUCAGAGAAUCAGAUAUAACACCAGGUUUCUCCAAGAUACCCAAAUCUUACAGGAGUAUAAGAUUGCGGUUAAAAACAAAUACCAAGUCCUUCAGGAAAAAGGGGAAGUAACAACAUUUGAAGACCAUUGGAAAGGGAUAAAAGAGACCAUCACAACAAGCUGCCAUGAAAUACUUGGAGUGAAAAAGUACCAUCAUAAAGAGUGGAUCACAAAUGACACACUUAGAAAAGUACAGGAGAGGAAGGCUAAGAAGGCUGGGGUCAAUUCAAGCAGAACGAGAGCUGAAAAAGCAAAAGCACAAAAAGAGUAUGCAGAGGCCAACAAGAGAACUAAACAAGCAACGGAGGCAGAACAAGCUGCAAAAGCAGGAACCAUGAAAGACUUGUAUGACAUCACCAAGAAACUAGCUGGGAAGCGAAGUAAACAAGAAAGGCCAGUGAAAGACAAGGCAGGGAAGCAACUAGAAGGGGAAGAAGAACAAAGAAGGAGAUGGAAAGAGCAUUUUGAAGAAUUGUUGAAUAGGCCAGUUCCACCCAACCCUCCUAAUAUUACACCAGCAGAUGAGGACCUAGACAUAGACUGGGGACCACCUACUAAGGAGGAAAUAAAAAUAGCCUUAAAACUUUUAAGGCUAUUUUUAUUUCCUCCUUAG